AUGAACCGCCAAGGCAUCAAGGAACCGACCAGGCAUCAAGGAACCGUCAAAGCAUCAAGGAACCGUCAAAGAAUCAAGGAACUAUCAACGUAUCAAGGAAUCGUCAAGGCAUCAAUGAACCGUCAAGCCAUCAAGGAACUAUCAACGCAUCAAGAAACCGACACGGCAUCAAGGAACAGAACCGUCAAUGCAUCAAGGAACCCUCAAGGCAUCAAGGAACUAUCAACGCAUCAAGGAACCGUCAAGGCAUCAAGGAACUAUCAACGCAUCAAUAAACCGCCAAGGCAUCAAGGCACAGUCAAGGCAUCAAGGAACCGUCAGGGCAUCAAGGAACCGACAAGGCAUCAAGGAACCGCCAAGGCAUCAAGGAACCGUCAGGGCAUCAAGGAACCGCCAAGGCAACAAGGAACCGUCAAGGCAUCAAUGAACUAUCAACGCAUCAAGGAACCGUCAAGGCAUCAAGUAACCGUCAGGGCAUCAAGGAACCGUCAAGACAUCAAGGCACUGUCAACGCAUCAAUGCACCAACAAGGCAUCAAGGAACCUUCAAAGCAUCAAGGAACCGUCAAGGCAUCAAGGAACUAUCAACGCAUCAUGGAACCGUCAAGACAUCAAAGAACCGUCAAGGCAUAAAGGAACCUUCAAGGCAUCUAGGAACCGUCAAGGCAUCAAGGAACCGUCAAGGCAUCAAGGAACCGUCAAGGCAUCAAGGAACUCUCAACGCAUUAGGAACCGUCAAGGCCUCAAGGAACUAUCAACGCAUCAAUGA